CUUUAACUAAUUGCCUUUUGUUCCCAUACCCAAUUAGGUUCUCGAGACGUCUACUACCACGACUACUCCAUCAAGGAGAAUUUGAGACAAAAAGAGAUCAACUUUCAAUAUAAGGUGACGACUUCGACUGAGGAAGGAACUUAUUGCCGCCAAUAUAUAUUGGACCGGGCCGAUCGAUUCAACGACAAGAAACGCCUUCGAUUUAUGCAGACAUUCAGCAACAGUCGGUGGUAUAACAAGUCGCUUGACAAUUACACGUUCACGAUGAGCAUCGCUCAUCAGGAAAGCGACGCUGUCGCGCCCAGCAAUUACCCUAUGACCCAUGGUCCCCAGCUGGCCACUCAACCCGCCGUCCUUCACCCCGCCGGCAUGAAUCCUACAGGCAUGUUACCUGCCACCGCUUUCCCAGUCAACCAAGGAAAUGAGCACCAUGGCUUUUAUGCAAAUAUGCCAGCCAAUGCAGGGUCCGCUGCGGCUAAUAUGGGUUUUGCCCCGCUGACCCCUCCCCCGGACAACCUUUUUGUUCCAGAGCAGGUCAAUCUUCACCAAGUCGACCUCGAGGAGGAUGACUCCGAGGACGAUGACUCCGAGGACGAUGACCCCGAGGACGAUAACCCCGAGGACGAUAAUCCCGAGGACGAUGACCCCGAGGACGAUAACCCCGAGGACGAUUGCCCCGAGGACGACGACCCCCAAGAGCACAACCCCCCAGAGCACAAACCCCAAGAUGGCGACCAGUCGAAUACCAUUAUGCCUCCUAUUGUGAGGCCCAAUCGCACAGUCACAAGAAACGAUGAAGGCCAGAUUUGUUGCAUCCGGGAGAACUGCGAAGAAGGCAACCCAAUUUUUAAACGCAAGUGCGAGUGGUCGAAACAUAUGGAUAAGCACGAGCGUCCAUAUACAUGCAUCGUAAACAUGUGUCCCAAGCAGCAAGCUGGAUUUACGUACACUGGCGGUCUGAGACGACACUACAAAGAAGUGCACCGUUUUCAGGAUAAAAAGGACAUUAAGAAUGAUAAAGAGAAACCGAAAACUUUUACCUGUCCCCAUCCUAGUUGCGUUCGCCAUUCUCAAGAAAGAGGAUUCAUGCGGCAGGAAAACCUCAGUGAGCAUGUCCGCCGCGUGCAUACCGGCGUUGUGCCAAAUAACCAAGCCGAUGCUCAACAAGCCGGAGCGCGACCUGCUGAAGCGCAACCAGCAGAGACGCAGCCAGCAGAGGCGCAGCCAGCAGAGGCGCAGCCAGCACAAGCGCAGCCAGCCAGAGCACAGCGAGGCAAAGCGUCGCGAGCUAGAGCAACGCGAGCCAGAGCUCCAGCAAAGGUUGCUGGCCAGAAGCGGAAGGCGGAAGGCGAUCUCCGCGAGGAGAAUAAACGCCUGGUGACAGAGAUUAAGAGCCUUCGCGAGAAGGUUACUGGAUUGCAAGCCGAACUUCGAAACCGCUCGGCUUAUCAACAUCAGCCAGCCGGACAGAUUGGGUCUGGUCAGACGGUUCAGCCUAGUCAGGAGCUACAGGCUCCUUCCAACAUUGAGGCGGUUCGAGGGAGUUCCCAAGCCUAGGGUGCUUCGGGAAUCAACUCUCACUCGGACUAUCCUAUCCCGAGCCUUGGAGGUUCUCGCUUUGAUCUCAACGCUCCUACAACUGCUCCGCAGUUUUCCGCAGCCCAGGGCUACCCUGAUUUGAACUUCAACCCUCAGCUGCAAAAUGCUGGCGCGGCUCCAACCGCUUCGUAUUUCAACCACGACCGAACUUACCAGGCACCGGGGAUUCGAAAUGCCGAAGCCCCUUCCAACACUGAACAGCGUCAGCAGUAUCCCGCCGAUC